AUGGCUAAGAAUGAUUCUUAUUAUCAAGAGAUUUGUAUUUGGAGUUUAAAUGAGUGGAUGGAUCGAAUGAUGCAAUGGCGAUGUUGUGAUUGUACUCAAUUAUUCGUCCAUCAAAUGAUUGCACAGUAUCCAGACGAUCAUCAAGAUAGACGUGGCAAGAAUAGCAACGAUCAUUUUCAAGAAUUAUUGGAUUACUUAAGGCAAGAUCAACAUUGUAAAAUCAAGAUGAAUUUAAUCGAUCAGUUGAUCGAUUGCCCAUGGCUUUUAAUCCAAUGGAGUAAACGUUUAUUACCUCAUUUGAAUACGACUGAACGAUUAAAUGAUGCUAUGGCUAUCUUAUCCACAUUAGGUGGUGCUUAUUCGGCUUUAGGAGAUCAAUUAGAUCAUUUCAGCCUUAAAGCUCAAAGAAUUAGCUUAAGACAGCUGUAUGUUGCAAAAGCACUUGGUGAUCCUACUUUAAUAAGCAAGAGUAAGUUGUAUCUAGCCUUGAGUUUAAUGCAACAACGUCGUUUCACUCGAGCUGAACGCAUCAUACGUCAGCAAUAUCGGUUUGCUACUUCUAACCCUCUUUGUAGUGACUACAAACUAAUCGAUAUUUGUCGAGCUUGUUGGUCUAAAUUGCUUUAUUGUAAAGGUAUUGCAACACAUAGGGAUAGUCAAUCUAAUUUGGAUGACAUGGACACUUGUAGCAGUUGA